AUGUCUUGGGAUUGCCACUUGUCUGGGCUUCCCCAAACUGUGGAUUCUUGUCUGUAAUUUUUUCUCUCUUACCCUUUUCUUUCUCUUCUUUGCUACCACCCUGCAUAUCUCUCCCCUGUUCCUCCCUUUUCUUUUCCCUUUCAGGUACUCUAUUUUGUAAUGAGCUUUUGCUUGAGCAACAUCAUCAUCAUCUUUGCCUCAAUCUUGUAUAGCUGAGGUGACAUUAUAUAUUUAGCUUCAGCAUCACUGCUGGAUUUUCUCGAACCUAAAUGGCGAAGGAGAUGUGUAGUUGAUUCAGUUGUAAAGGGACCAGAAACAAGCACAUCUGAAUUUCAAUUACUAAUUUUACAAUGUAUCCGAACCAAGCCUUUUCUUCAGGGUCCUAUGCUGAUAUGUUGUCUGGGAAUCCUCUUUUACCUCAUAACUACGGUGAAACUGUAGGAGGACAAAAUGAAUUGAAGUUCAUCACAUCCAUGAGGGACACGAUGAUUAUGCAACCUAUUGAUGGGCAUCCCAAUGCCGCCGCCACCACAGGCAAUCCGGAUUCUUUUGAGAAUGCCGGAGAUUCCCAUUCCCAUGUUAUUCCAAGGACAACACAAUUGGGACUUGUGGACAAUGAGCAAAAUGUACAAAACCAAGGCUUGUCUCUUAGCCUUGGCUCAGUGAUGCCUUCUAUUGCAUCUGUUCCUACCUUUCCAUAUCAGUAUCCUGGCACCAGUUUCUCUUCCCUAAUGUCUGCUUGUGUCCCAAAUUUAAAGGGAACUUCAUCUCUUAAAGAUGAUGAGGCCAGCUUACAAAGGGAAUUGAGAAAUGCUGAGUGCAUGGCAUCUUUAGCUUCUUCUGGUGGCUUUCACAAAAGGGAUGGUUUGUAUAAUCCACAACACCCCUCAAUGUGCCUUGGUGAAGGCCAAAGUCAUGGAUCACAAGGUUUUUCCAACAAUAUGUUGAACUCACAAUACCUCAAGGCAGCACAGGAGUUGCUUGAUGAAAUAGUUAAUGUCCGAAAGCAAACCAGUUUGGAAAAGCAACCGAGUUUCCGUGAUGUUGGUUUAGAUGGCUCCAAAGAUUCCGAUGGAAAAUCUACCACCCAAUCUGUGCAGAUAUCUUCAGGCCCCAAUGGUUCUUCUGCUGCAAACUCUUCAUGUGAGCUAUCACCUACAGAACGACAGAAUUUUUUGGACAAAAAGACAAAGCUUUUGUCUAUGCUGGAUGAGGUGGAUAAAAGAUACAGACAGUACUGCCACCAAAUGCAGAUUGUUGUGUCAUCUUUUGAUAUGGUUUCUGGAUGUGGAGCAGCUGAACCAUACACUGCACUUGCCUUGCGCACAAUAUCGCGCCACUUUCGGUGUUUGCAUGAUGCCAUUAGCGGCCAAAUUCAAGUGACUCAAAGGAACCUUGGAGAACAAGAGGGAAUACCUCGUCUCCGCUAUGUUGAUCAGCAGCUUCGGCAACAAAAGGCCCUUCAGCAACUUGGUGUAAUGCGACAAGCUUGGAGGCCUCAGAGGGGACUUCCUGAAACCUCUGUUUCAAUACUCCGUGCAUGGCUCUUUGAGCACUUCCUUCAUCCUUAUCCUAAGGAUUCAGAGAAAAUUAUGCUAGCAAGGCAAACUGGCUUAACAAAAAACCAGGUGGCAAAUUGGUUCAUUAAUGCAAGGGUGCGUCUUUGGAAGCCAAUGGUUGAGGAAAUGUACAAAGAAGAAUUUGAUGUUCAAGCUUCUGACAAUAAAAGGGAAGAGUCACAGGACAACUUAAUAACAGUUGAUGAUAGUGUUCAGCAUCAUGGGCUGAAGUUGGAUCAUGCCGACAGAGGAAUCCAAAGCAGUGAUCAUGGAGAAAAUGCCAUGGAUCCUAGAAUUGGAAAAUUGCAAGGUGAUCAAAGGUUCAACAUGAACAACAACAAUAGUCCUUAUUAUGGUGAUGGCUGCAUAAUGGCUUCUACUCCGGCCACAUAUGAUUUAUCAGAGUUAGGUAACAUUGCCGUUGGUGGCCACGUGUCUCUCGCAUUGGAAUUGAGGAACUGUGAAAGCGAAGGAUUUGGUGUGUCGAAUGAUGACAUGCAUAAACGACGUAAGAAAACAUUGGCUUCUUCCCCAGAGGCUGAUUUGCUAGAUUACCAUUUCACAGACACAGGAAAGCAACAAAACAAGUUUGGCAAUCCUCACCUAUUGCACGAGUUUGUUGUGUGAAUGAAGAAGGAUUGGAGAAUAUUCUAAUGUUUUUCAAGGGAACCCAAGUAGUAGAUAGAUAGACAAAGCCUAUGUUGUUGUUACUUACUUUACUUGGUUGCUCAUUCUUGUUGUCCACAGUUCAUAAAAAAGCGAUGUAAAUCAUGAAAACCGUACAAAAAUAUACACGUAGGUAUGUGUAGAUAUAUUAUUCUCUUGUAAUAUCGUGGAUGGAUGAUUGGUUGUAUCAUGUGCAGGCAAUUUUGUAAGGACAAGGAACGUAUCUUGUGCAUCAUGAUGAAUAAUGGAAUCUUGUCAAAAACGUAAAA